AGUGAGGGAGCUGCGGGCGGGCGGAGGGACGGCCGGCUGGACGGACAGACGGAGGGAGCCGGCGGAGAGGCAGCGGCCGGCCGAUGGAGCUGUGCCCCGGCCCCGCGGCGCCCUCGGGCUGGGCGCUGCCGCUGCUGCUCGCCCUGGGCGCCGGGCUCAGCCACGCCACCCCGCACCUGCGGUACUCCCGGCCGGGCUCCCGCAGCAAGAACUGGUGCGCCUACAUAGUGAACAGGAACGUGAGCUGCUCGGUGCUGGACGGGACGGAGAGCUACGUCCAGGCCCAGUACAAGUGCGCCUGGAACGAGUUUCCCUGCCGGCCGACCCCGGUAUACCGAACGAGUUUCAGACCUCGGUACACAGUUGCAUACAAGACAGUAACAGAGCUAGAAUGGAGAUGUUGUCCUGGGUACAAAGGUGAAGACUGCAGAGAAGGGCCAGCAGAACAGCCGAAGGCAGCUCGUCGUCCCACAACACCGGUGAAAGCUGUUGUGAAGAAAGGCUUGGAUGCAGAACCAACAGAAACGCCAGAACCUCCGCCAUAUGAGAAGAAAAUGCAGUUUCUUGAGGAAGAAUUGUUUAGACUUACACGAUCAGUGCUUGAACUUCAGUCCUCCUUGGCGGGUGUGAAUGAAAACCUAAAGCUGACUGUCCAAGAAGAUGCAAGUAAGAUGUUGGUCACUUGGCUGAACAACCUUUAUGACCGCCCAGAGCCUGACAGUGCGGUUGGUGGUGAAACAGACACUAUCCAUCUGCCUGGACUCCUCAGCAAUAAAGACCAGAAAGACCCUUUUCUUGAUUUUGAAAUGGAAGAUAUAAAGUCUGAGCUAGCUGAGGUCAAAGAAGCAUUGAAGAUCAGGGAUGACCAACUGGAGGAACUGAAUGGAAAAGUAAAAGGCUAUGAAGGACAACUAAAACAACUGCAGGAGGCAGCACAGGGACCUACAUUAGCAAUGCCUAGUGGCAAUGUAUAUCAGGAAUAUAUAGACUCAAAGUUUGAGUCCCUCAGACAGGAAAUACUGGAAGGAUUUGAAAAGAAAAUGGCAGAUCUGAAGAACUCUUGUGAAUACAAACUACAGGAUAUCCAGCAGCAGUGUGAUGACAAUGAAAAUAACUGUUUAGGUAUAAUUGAUGUUAUAAGAGGAAAAGAGAAUGAUUUGAGGAAAGAAAUAAAUACUCUCCGAACUCAGAUUCCAUCAAACCAGUCCAGUUGUUGCAAGGAGGGUGAGAGAAAUGACUUGGACCAGCAGAUAAAAGAUUUAGAUAAGAAGCUUGACCGAGUUGUGGAAGCACACAGGAUCUUGAAUGUCAGAAUAGACAAUGAAAUCAGUCGAUUGUCGACUCCGGAUUUGGAAGACAUGUUUGGUGAGAGGCUGGAGGAGCUAGAUGCAAGAAUGAAUGUUACAGAACGAAAUGCUGAAGAACAUUGCUUUUAUGUUGAGGAAACUCUCCGAGGUACUAUAGCUGCUGAGGUAGAUGAGCUGAGAGACUUGUUUGACCAAAAGCUCCGGUCACUAGAAGAUAGGUUAGGUGGCACUAUUUUAGAGAUUGCUAAUACCACAGACCCAGAUGGAAUGUAUAUUAAUCCUGGGCCUAUUAUGCCUAGUGACACUGGAUUUGCAAAUGAGCAAUUUACAACGGAGAUAAAUCUUGUCAAGAACAAACUAUUGUCCCUUGAACACCUCUGUGGGCAGAAAUGUCUGUCUGCACCACAAGGUAUAGAGGACCUUCAGAAAGAGCUAGAAAAUUGUAAUAACAAAUACAAUCACUUGCUUUUGAAAACAGAGAACAACUCUGUUCUUCUGCAGUCUUUAAAUAGCUCUCUUAAUGAGAAACUUAACUUAAUUAAGGAUAACCAACGUGACAACCAGAAAAUGCAGAGAGAUUUGCGUGUAUUCCGGUAUAGUCUAAAUGUCAUGGAUAAAGACAUGAAAAAUCUCCAAGAUGGCUUGAAUAGUUGCAGGGAGCAACUCCUGGGUGUCAAUUCAACCUGUAGAAAAACACAACGAGGCGUCUACCGAAAAAUUGAUCAAAUGCAGAGGACAUUUGCAAAUCAAACCAUCCACCCUAGUGAUAACUGCUGCAGUGAAGUGAAAGAGAGACUAGAACAAUUAAACGACCAAGUCCUGAAUGAUCUCAGCAAGUGUAAAGAAAAGACCCAAGGUGUCCAGGAUGGUGUUUCAGAUGUUGAGAGCAGAGUCUCGAAUGUUGAAAAAGUUUGCGGCAAGCUGGACUCUGUCUCGGGUAGCUUGCAGAAGAUAAAAGAAGGUCUGAAUAAGCACGUGAGCAGCUUAUGGAACUGCGUACGUGAAAUGAAUGGAACUAUAUCAUCUCAUUCCAAAGAUAUUUCUGGCCUCAAAAAUUCUGUCCAGCAGUUUUAUAGUCAGGUCUCUAAAAUCACCACAGACAUGGAAGGCAUGCUGAAAUCUCAAUCUGACCCAAGGCGACCAGAAGCACCGCGGCAGGCAGUGCCACCGAGACCGCCUCUGCAGCCCCAGCCGGGCAUAUCCCUGCUGCCGUCCCGGCCGAGGAUACAACCCCCGCGGCACAGGCCUCCUCUCCAGCCUCCUCUGCCCAGACCUCCUCCGAGGCCGGCGCUGCCGGGGUCGGGAGUCGCCCCAUUCCUGCCUGGAACGACCGGGAUCAUCCUGGAGGCUGGAGAGGCAGGGCCGCCGGGCACCGUGUUAAUGUCGGGAAGAGGGCGGCUGCGAAGCGUCGAUGGCCAGGCUGGGCAAAGCACCAUGCCCAUUGCUGAAGGCUAUGCUGGAGCGCCAGGAUAUCCGAAGUUAUCUCCUCCAACCACGGACUCACAGGGACCUGCUGCUGCCGCGGCCUCGCUGGUGUCAUUCUCUGCUGGGCUCACACAGAAGCCUUUCUCCAGUGACGUCGGCGUGGUUCACUUCAACAAAGUGCUCGUGAAUGACGGGGACUAUUACAACCCCAACACAGGCAUCUUCACGUCGCCGUAUGAGGGGCGCUACCUGAUCACCGCUGUGCUGGCGCCGGAGCGGGAUGAGUACGUAGAGGCAGUGCUGUCCGUCUCCAAUGCCAGCGUUGCUCAGCUCCACACGGCUGGGUACAGGAGGGAACUGCUGGAGUAUCACAAACCCUACUCGGGGAAACAGACCUGUGGUGGCCCUGGGACAUUCCACCUCGUUCUUCACCUCAAAGCCGGAGAUGAAGUAAACGUCGUUGUGACAGGAGGCAAACUGGCCUACACAGACUCCGAUGAAAUGUAUUCCACGUUUAGUGGGGUUCUGCUUUAUCCUUCCAUUUCCCAUGUUUAGGUCCAUCGUGGAACAGGAGAGAAGGGUAAGAUAUUCCGAAGAAAUUAAGUGUAAUAAAAUUCAAAGCUUUAAUAUAUUCAGUUUAUAUAUUUGAUUUCAGUGAUGGGUUUAUUGUCUAUAUUGAAACCUCGUCCCCAGUUUUCAGAGACAGCUACAAAAGACCUGUUUCUGUAGCUAAAUUAACUCCUUCCCCAAGUCCUUGUUCAUCUGUACAAACACAACAGCUGUUAAAAAACAAAUACGUUCUCAGUAGAUACUUCUCCACUGUGUUCUUGCUAUCCCCUAUUAAAUAGCCUUUGCAGUCCGCUCCCCACUUUAUCUCUGCCGGUGUCCGUGGUGUGUCAAAGUUUACAUCUUUGCUGCAGUUUCCAGUCGCAGCCAGCUUCUUUCAUGUUUUCAGGAAAGCAGGGGCAAGAAACUGAGACCACGCUGGACACUGUUGAUGACUUGGUCCUUGCUUUAUUAAAACAAUACGGUGGGCCAA